CAAAGCGGCCGCACCUACCUGACGGAUCCGUCUGUCAGGUCCGCGUUCGCACCGUGUUGGUCCUGCGCUCUGCUCCCUAUUAUAUGCUGCCAUGUUGCUGGCCGUGCGUGGAUGAUACGGCAUACAUUCCCUCCAUGAGGAAGUGAUAUAAAUGCGUGCAAGAGGCUAAUGCUCUUCUGGGUUCGUCAUACGCUCUCCGCGUGUUUCCGUCUAGCUGACCUUGCGUUUUAGGGCUUGAUUGUGGCGCUCCCAUUCACUGUGGACGGGAUCCAUUGGAGCGGUCAGACGCAACAGCCAAGGGACACAAUCCGAAAAAGCCCCGCCGCCCCAGCCCCCGGCAGUGCAUCGCUUUUGAUUGAGGAUGAUGCCAGCAUUUCUGCUGUGACUGGCUCGGCUAUGUAACACUGGAGAGAAGGCCAAAAUGGGCAUGGAUGAGAGGUCAUGCAUGUGCUGCAGCUGAGGCCGCUGGCCAGCCUGCCCCCCCCGCCUGGCCGGGAGCAUGUACAAGAGAAAUGGGCUCACGGCUGGUGUUGCCAUCACUUCCCCCACUCCAGAGGGCAGCAGCAGCUCGGAGUCCCUGGACGGGCGGGGCGUGGACUCUGCCAAGAGUUAUGAUGCUGUCGUGUUUGACGUGCUGAAGGUGACACCGGAGGAAUUUGCCAGUCAGAUUACGCUGAUGGAUGCCCCUGUGUUCAAAGCCAUCCAACCGGAGGAGCUGGCCAGCUGCGGCUGGAACAAGAAGGAGAAGCACAGCCUGGCACCCAACGUGGUGGCGUUCACGCGGCGCUUCAACCAGGUCAGCUUCUGGGUGGUGAGGGAGAUCCUGACCGCUCAGACCCUGAGGAUACGGGCCGAGAUCCUGAGUCACUUCGUUAAAAUCGCGAAGAAACUCCUGGAGCUGAACAACCUGCACUCGCUGGUGUCGGUGGUGUCGGCCCUGCAGAGUGCUCCUAUCUUCAGGCUCAGCAAGACCUGGGCGCUAAUCAGCCGAAAGGACAAGGCCACGCUGGACAAGCUGGACUACCUGACCUCCAAGGAGGAGAACUACACGCGCAUGCGGGAGUACAUCCGCUCUCUGAAGAUGGUUCCUUGCAUCCCCUACCUGGGGAUCUACCUCUUUGACAUGAUCUACAUAGACUCCGCCUACCCCGCCUCCGACAGCAUCAUAGAGACGGAGCAGAGGACCAAUCAGAUGAACAACCUCCUGCGGGUCUUCUCUGACCUGCAGAUGUCCUGCAGUUAUGAUCACCUGGGGACGCUGCCUCACGUACAGAAGUACCUGAUGUCUGUCCGCUACAUCGAAGAGCUCCAGAAGUUCGUGGAGGACGAUAACUACAAGCUGUCCCUGAAGAUUGAACCUGGGAGCAGCUCUCCUCGCCUGGUGUCCUCAAAGGAAGACCUUGCAGGCCCGUCGGAGGUGGCGGCUUCAGUGAGGUUCAGCCGCCGGCCCACCUGCCCCGACACCUCGGUGGGGGCGCACAUGCCCACCCCACCCCCAUCUCGCCACAGGAAGAGCCACAGCCUGGGCAACAACAUGAUGUGCCAGUUCAGUGUGGUGGAGAGCAGGAGUGCCACCUUCCCCACGGAGAAGCCCAGGCACCUACUGGACGACAGCUUCCUGGAGUCCCAGAGUCCUGCCAGGAACCACACGCAUCACUCUGUUUUCACCAAUGGCGUGUCUCUAGGUAGCAGUGAGAGUUCCUUCAGCGAGGACCUCUCCUCUGGAGUAGACAGGGUCCGCAUGUAUGCCACGCUGGGCCCCAACUGGAGGGUGCCGGUCCGGAACUCUCCACGGAGCCCCAGCUGUGUCUUCAGCCCUUCCGGCGCCAACUCCACGUACGAGUUCAGCACCAUGAGCAGCGUCACCAUAGAUGGGGCACUGCGAAGGAAGACUCUGCUGAAAGAGGGCAGGAAGCCCACGUUAUCCUCCUGGACGCGCUACUGGAUCGCCCUGUCCGGCUCCACUCUCAUCUAUUUCGCGGCCAAAGCCCUGCGACCCACUGAGCGGAAACAUUACAAGUCGACACCCUGUAAAAAGACAACCAUCACUGGCUGGAUGGCAGUGCUGCCGGACAACCCAGAACAUCCCAACAUUUUCCAGCUGAACGACCCAGAUAAAGGGAAUGUUUACAAGUUCCAGACGGGAUCGAGGUUUUCUGCGAUUAUCUGGCACAAGCACCUGGAAGAGGCCUGCAGGAGCAGCCGGCCACAGAUCCCCACCAACCUCAUGUCAUUUGAGUAGUCGUUUGCCAGGCGAGAGGCCUUGGAGAAAAGUGCCAAAUUCAUCCGUAUGGGAAGCGGGACUUGACAAGCACAGCUGGAGCCUCCUCGGGGUGUAAAUCAACACCGGCACAGUUUGGCACAGGCCGCCGUUGCAGUGCCGGGAGGCAGUGCACUGGAGAGCUCCAGGGCGGCAUGAACUUUUGGCAUCUGGAUCUGCAACGAGCAGCAGGGACAACUGUGGAGCAGAGACCUGAGACCCAGGGACACUGAAGGCAGUCUGCUGGAUGGGGCUGGGGCACGGAUCCGGAAACCCGACUCCACAGAAGGCGGAACUGUCCCAGCAACCUGCGCACAGAGAAUGCUUCUCAAUGUAGAUUUUCUUUUUCUCCAUUUGUCUUUAGUUAGGGUGCUUAUUCACAGCGGAAGCGAGAAGCCAACCCAUGUUGGGUUUAACAGACGGAUGAGUGGAAUGUAUACAAAAAUAUACAAAACAGUGUUAGGAGAGCAGGGUGCUGCUGAGGUACAUGAAGGACGUAGACUCUCCGGGGACCUGCCAGGGCCACAGGGCCCGCGGCCCCUCCACUCUCCUCACAGCGCUGUCACCCAGCAUGCUUUGCAACCCUAAGAUGAAGUAAAUUUACCGCUCUUCAACACGUGCAACACACGUGUCAUACAUGACAAACCAAGCAGUUCUGCUGGCUGUAGAUGUGUAAAUAAAUAAAAAUGCGAGUCUCCAAAACCCACAUGCCAUUUUUUUCAUUCAUUUUCUAUUGUUUUCUGUUUGUUUUGUUGAAGCUCAUUCACAUUCAGCAUUGUAUGGUUAAACUAGACGUAAUAUUGAGUUGAUGCCAUUUCACCUAUUCAGACAGGAGAAGUGAUCCUGGGAUUUAAUUUAUUUAAAUGUUUGCUGUACACUUCCGUGCAGUAUAAAUGUGACAUUAGAAAGUUAGCAUAAUUCAGUGUUACGGAGUACAACAGGUGUGCUGCAUCAUAUGCACCCUCUGAGAGGCCUGUCCGCGCCUCGAAAAAUUAAUUUGAAUGAAUUUAUUUAUUAUUUAUUUAUAAAUUGAAAUGAGUCACUUGGGUAAUGGGACACCUUGAAAAGGAUGCUUCCCGCUAAGCAAUGAGUUCAUCGCUUAAAAACCUGUGUUUACUACUGAGCAUCUAAUAUGACCAGUUGUACUGGUUUUGUGGGGGGAGGCCCUAUAACAGUCAAUAUGUUAUUGUUUUUAAAAAAAGAUUUCCUAAAAACCACAAAAUGCUGUGGGCAGAAUUUCCUGUGGUGAUGUCUGUACAGCAUUUGUGACGUUAGAUUAUUCUGUCUAAUGAAGAAGGGAGCAAGAUUCCUUCUGUCGUACAUUUUACCUUGGAUUUACUUUAAAGACUUCUUCAGUAACGCUUGUAAGACACUUAGACACAUUUUAGCAUAUCAUUGUUAAAUUAGUUUUAUGUUCAGUGCCUGUAGAUGGACGGCCGUGAUAGACAGUAUGUCAUUGAAUUUCUAAAUCCAUAACUAGCAAGAAAUCAAUGAAAUCAAUCAUUUCACUAAAUAACAGCUGAGCCCUUCCAUUAUGAGGCAUAAAGAGUAAAUGCAGCAUUUAUGUAUUUUUCCAAACUUGGCGUCUGGAAUGACCUGCCUCGCUCCACCCCAGCAUGACAGAACAUAGCCCAUCAUUCAGCUCGAUCCAUCUCAGGGCAACAUGAGGGCAUAUUACCGAGCCGGCACAGUGCCAUGUCAUGCAACACUGCUGUCGAUCUCUGCUGGUUCACAAAAAGAUAAAAAAACGACUGCAAAUCACCAGAUUACAAUAUACAAACAACAGUAGCAAUACCCAUAACAUUAGAGGUACAAAUGAAUUAAGAUAAAAUGAGUAAAAUUAUUGCAAAAGGCCUCGUGUGGCCUACAUCGGUGAGGUGUUUAAAAGUCUAGUGAAUCUGAACAAUGCAGAUGAAUGGUUAUUACCUGGAAGCAGUUAUUUUGUACAUAGAAAUGGACAUUACAAUGUUUAGCUAUAAUUUUAGAGUGCUGAAACGCAUGGUUUAUCCCAUCUUGUACACAGAAGAAUAUGAGCUGGGCUUAAUUAAGCUGCCUUUUUUUAAAUGUGGUUUUGUUUGCAAAGGAAAGUCUGCUUCAGGAAGACGCUGCAUGUUUAAACGGAAAUGCUUUUUCUCUGCUGUCUGUGUCUUUCUUCUGCUACCUAUCAGUUUUACUGACCAUGUGAAUAUUUUGCUAAUUUAUUUGUUACCUUUGGCCUUGUGAUAAGUUGCUGUAUUUUUUUCAGCUUGUAACAGUGACAGUUUCUCAGAUUAAAACAAAAAAUCUUUCUGUAAA